AAAAAAAAAAAAAAAAAGUUUGCUUGAUCAUUCUCCAUUUCAGUUCCAUUCCAGUUGAGACGUUCCUUUCACUCUAUUCUUUUAGAUUGGUUGUAUCAUACCCAUACUCACCAAAUUUCAAAUUUCAACUUCCAAUCUCCUUUUCCUUUCUGGGUCUCUCAGUUUCUGUGAUUUGAAGCUGAUUUUAAUGGUCAAUGAUCCGUUCUAUGCAUUGAAUUUCAUUCCUGAUAUGGGUUUUCAAUUUUUGCCCUUAAAGUUCUAAGAUUUGUUAAAGGAAGAUGAAGAAUUUUUCUGGGACACCUGGCACUUUUCUUGGAAUGAUUCUUAGGAUAGCACAGUUCAGUUUUGCUGCUGGCUCAAUUGCUUCUAUUGCUACCACACCUAGUUUCUUUAAUUUCACUGCUUUUUGUUAUUUGAUAGCUUCAAUGGCUUUACAAAUCAUUUGGAGUUUUGCACUUGCUUUGUUGGAUGCUUAUGCUUUGGUGAGAAAGAAGGUUCUGCUUAACCCUGUAUUGAUUAGCCUCUUUGUUGUUGGAGAUUGGGUAACAGCAACACUAUCUCUAGCUGCAGCUUCUGCCUCAGCUGGCAUUACAGUUUUGUACUUCCAUGAUAUGGGAAACUGCAAUUUUGGAGAGGAGUGCCAAAAAUACCAGAUUUCUGUUGCUUUUGCAUUCAUGAGCUGGAUAUCAAUUUCAAUAUCAUCUCUAAUUAUGCUUUGGCUAUUAGCGGCAGGAUAGCAGACCUAAAUUCUUGGAUCUGGAUUCUCUCUAGCCCCUCUAUCCCCUCUAGAAGCACCACAGUCGUUGGAUUAAUCUAACAGGUGAGGGUAUUGGAUCUCGGCCAUUAGAUUAGUCCAACGUCCGAGGUGUUGUCAUAGAGGUAGGAGAGGGUCCAUUAGCUACCUUGUUGAAAAAUUUAUUUUGGUGUAAAUAGGAAAGGAUAUAUAGUAUAGCUUUACAUUUCAAAGUUAUAUUCCAUUUCUUCUUUUUUUUUUAUUUUAAUUUUUAUAAGUUAAGAGUAUUUACAUGCAUCGAGAUUAUUCCAUUUCUUCAUUUCAACGAGAAUUUGGAUAACAACAGAUUGUUAAUUAAUGGAAGGAAAAGAAAUGUACAUUUGAUUUUGCAUGUAAUUGGUUUGUCAAUAUUAUAGAAAGAUGUUUUGUUUGA